AAUCUAAUGGAUAUAAUAGAAAUAAUCGAUUUGAAAAUAAUAAUUUUCAAAGACGAGAUUCUGGUUAUGAUCGACGUUCACAAAACUCUUAUGCAGAUGGUUAUCAACGAAAUUUUGACAAUGAUCAAUAUUCACCACGUAAUCGAAAUUCAUCAUAUAAUGACUUUUCUCGUCAAGGAGAUCGUAACCAACAACAACAACAGCAACAACAAAAUCAAUCAUUUUCACGUUUAAAUCGUAAUGAUAAUGACUUUUCAUCAACACGUCGUAAUGCAAGUCCAAAUUCAUCAAAUUCUCAACGUUCAAAACGAAAUACAGAAGAUGAUAUGAGUUCAGCACAACCAAAACAAAAUCGUCGAGUAAAUGAUGAUAAUCAAACACAAGAACAAAAUCCAUGGGAACGAUCAACUCGUCAAACAUCAUAA